UGCCGCAAUGACGCAAGCAGUUGACAUGAAAGAAGGGGAAAAAUCCUUGACGAUCUUUUCUUCAAUCUUUCAAAAUGGUGUUUCAUACUAACGAGUUUCUUUCUAAAUUAUAUCAAUUAUUACUAAAAUGAACUGUAAAUUGUACGUGUAACAAGUGAACACCAUUAUAUAUUGUAAAUAAAAAUUCUCUGUGUUAAUUUAUAUUUGCGAAUCUUGUGUGUUAAAAAAAUCUGAUCGGCGAUAUCCAAAAUCAAUUACUACUGUGAUGUUUGUGUUCUGACUGUUAUUUAGAGUGUAUUACCUGAAUUAAGAUGGUUACUAUUGGGCGCGUGUAGCGGCGAAGUCAUGAAUCAAGGAGGACUGAAGAAUGUCGUCACAGAGCCGACGCGCCUCGAGAACAAACGUGAGCGGCGUCGCGGCGCGGCAGGACGCGCGGCUGCGUUGCGUCGCGCGCCCUCCGACUCCGACUGUUCAGGAGAGACUGCCUCCCUGUCCGCCGACAGCGGCGACCGCGCACCCCGCCCGCCGCCGCAACCCCCGCGCUCUGCCAAGAAUAGGGGUCGUCGUCGGGGCAGUGAAUGGGAGGUGCUGGAGGGGUUAAAAGACGGCCAGAGGUUCGAGAAGAGGCCAGACGUCUUCAACGGCUACCUACACAAGAAGAGGAAAUGGCCUCUCAAAGGGUGGCACAAGCGAUUCUUCGUAGUAGACGGUGGUAUACUGGUCUACGCGCGUUCCCCCACAGACGUGGCUCGCGGCCGCCUACACGGCUCAGUAGACGUCGGUCUAUCCGUGAUCUCGGCUAAAGCGAGGCGCAGGCGCAUUGAUAUAGACGCCGACGAGUUCAUAUACCAUCUGCGAGCGAAGACGCCCGAUGUCUUCCGAACGUGGUUGAACGUGCUUAAAGCACAUAGGUUAUAUAGGCAACAUUUGCUAACAUUCGGUGCGCGGGAGUCGGUGCCAAAGAUCCAUGCGCCCCUAGACGAUCUACCUCCCACAGACAAUUCGUCACGGCUGUUGAGCCCCACCGCCGGGCCCAUCCGCGGGCCCCAGGCCGGCUUCGUGUCCGGGACCCCGGGCGGACGACUCGCCGGUUGGAUUAUAGAAUCUGGUGGUCCACUGGAGAAUGCGUCCCGCGAGCUGGGCCAGGCGCAGCUGUCGGUGCAGCAGCUACAGCGACUGCUGGAUGCCUUGGAGUUGCAGCAGCAGUUGCAUCAUGAUACUGAUGUGUCAAUAGAAGGUGCGUCCCCCAACGUGAAGAAAGACCGUCGCAAGUUCGGCUUGAGGAAGAAGAAGUCGAACAGCAAGUGUGCCUCAGUAGAACUACAAGCGUCGCAUAUAGACCCGUCCAGUUCACAUAUGGCAUUAUCAGCAUUGACAGCGCCUCCCUCCCCCGGCGGUGGCGCGUCUUCCGUACCAAACUCCGCAGCCUCUCUACCUAUAGCUUGCGCGGCAGCUCGUCCCCAGUCCCUGCCCGGGGCGGAGACGUUAGGAACCGCACAGGGACCCGCGUCUCUGACAAGUCUGACCCCUGAUCACCAGUUGAGGGAAGACUUCACGGUGUUGGCUAAGGAUUUGGUUGCUAAUUUGAAGACUGUUGUUUCUACUUUGGUAUGUGAACGCGGGCGUCUCCGCGCCGCCAUGGAGGCGGCGGAGUCGUCGUCAGCCCCCGGGGCGGUGCUGGCAGCGUUGCGCUCCAACCUCACCACUGCGCUGCAUCAGAAUUCCGUGUUCCGCGCAGAGCUGCGGUCUCGCCUGUCGCGCAUCCACGACGCUUCAGACCUGGCUGAGAUAUCGUCUGUGGGACCUAAUUCUGAUGCUGUGAACAACCGUCCGUUCCAACAGUCCCUGAGCUACAGCUCGUCGUGUGUGUCCGCCUCCGAGUUCUUCGACGCUGAAGAGCAUGAGCUGGACCUCAAGCCUGCUGAGAUCAUUGCUGCCGAUGAGUCGGGUGUAAUCGAGCUAGAAGGCGACUCGUCAUCGGAAGCCGGUUCGCUGAGCAGCGAGGAGGGGUCGGCCAGCUCGGACAACUCUGACGGUGCGAUAGUAUCAGCCGAGCAAGUGACACUCCGCGCGACGGAAGCCCCGGACGCGGCGGGCUGGUCGCGGCGGACGCGCCUGCCCGCCGCGCGGCCCACGCCGGGCGGGCCCAGUCUGUGGAACUUGUUGUACAAGAAUAUAGGCAAGGACCUCAGCCAGAUCUCCAUGCCGGUUACUAUUAAUGAGCCGCUUAAUAUGUUGCAGCGUCUAUGCGAAGAACUAGAAUACUCCGAACUCCUGGACGCUGCAUCAGAGUGCAAGAGUCCCAUCGAACGUAUGGCACUCAUAGCUGCCUUCGCGGUCAGUGCCUAUGCAUCAUCAGCUCACCGCGCAGCUUCCAAACCCUUCAACCCUCUGCUGGCUGAGACUUACGAGUGCGUGAGGGACGAUAAGGGCUUCAGGUUUAUUGCUGAACAGGUAUCCCACCACCCGCCGAUCUCGGCGUGUCAUGCGGAGUCUUCUCGAUGGUGCUUCUGGCAGGAAGCCAGGAUCAAGACCAAGUUCUGGGGCAAAUCCAUGGAGUUCCAGCCCACUGGACGUGUCCAUGUGAGGCUGCUCAACACUGGAGACCAUUAUAGUUGGAAUAAGGUGACAACAUGCGUACACAACUUGUUCGGCGGGCAGCGAUGGGUGGACCAAUACGGAGACAUGCACAUCACCUGCCACGGCACUGAUAUUACUUGCAAACUUAACUUUAUUAAGGCGAGUUCGUGGUCAUCAAGUCGUCACGAGGUGCGCGGAGCCGUGGUCGGCGGCGGCUCGCGGCUGCGGCUGGCGGGGCGCUGGUCCGAAGCGCUGCACGCCGGGGACCCGCCCGCAGCACGGUGUCUGUGGAGACCCGGUGCGAUGCCCCCGGAGCAUGAGCUGUAUUACGGGUUCACGCGAUUCGCGAUGGAACUCAACGAGCUGGAGCCCAACAUGCGCAGCACUCUGCCACACACAGACACAAGGCUCAGGCCAGACCAGCGGGCACUAGAGGAGGGCGACGUGGACGCGGCGGAGCAGCUCAAGCACCAGCUCGAGCAGUCGCAGCGCGACCGCCGCCGCGACUCCGCGCUGCACAUUCCGGCAUGGUUCCGUAAAACAGUAGAGAGCGGCGAGGAGACGUGGGUGUUCAGCGGCGCGUACUGGAAGGCGCGCGAGGCCGGCUUCCCCGACACGCCCGCGCCCGCCAUCUGGUGACCGCCUCUACUCAUACAUCGUAUACCGCAGUGCGAAUGGCUCUGCUAGAUGGUUGUGUCUCGCUUCCGGCUUAGCGUUACGUUAACUAGACUAACUGUAAGCCUCUAAUCUCUGUUGUCUAACUAGGUAUCUACAAGUUAAACUUAACUAAUAUACCGUCAGUUGUACAAAGCUCCAUUAAAGUUAAUGCUUCUUUAAAUCUAUUGCUGACUCUUUCUUGUCAACCAGAUAAAAAGUGUCAGCAAUAGAUUUAAUGAAGCUUUAAUUUUAAUGGAGCUUUGUGCGACUGACGGUUAGGCCCAAGUUCAUAACCGACAACAUUAACGUCAGUUUAGGCUAUACUAUAUAGGAAAUAUUUUUUUGUUUGUUUCUUUGUAACCUAUUAAAGACAAAACUCGAUUUGAAAAAUUCUUUCACUGUUGAGUAGACUAUCUCCGUAACAUAGGCUAUAUUUUAUUUCGUUACGGGCAGUAGUUCCCACAGGACGCGAGUGAAACCGCGGGAAAACGGCUAGUUCUUAAUACAACUAUUUACCGUGAAAAUUCAUAAUAAAACAGUUGUUUUAAGAAUACUGGACUUUUAUGUUGUCAGUAAACUUGGGCUUAAUUUAACUAUGGCGGUUAAAUGUUACUGUGGUUUAAACUGUGUAAAUGGUUCAAGUAUUGGUAUUAUUUUUCGUCUAAAAUAAUUGCGAGUAAUACAUAACGGUCAUUCGUGUCAUCUUUGAUUUUCAAAAGGUAUAUUAUUUAGCGAUAGCAUGAAAAAAUAAUCUUAUUUCGCUCGUUAAUAUAUUUAAAUGGUUGGACGCUUUGAAAAGUAUGAGAUCGAUGUUAUUAAUAAAUCUUUACUCUUUGACAAAGUAACGUUAUAUACUAUACAUUUCGAUAACUUAUCUAUCUGCUAAUUUGCUAUCCAGAGAUAGGGAUUUGUUAUUACUUGUAUGGUGCUCAUGUCUAGUGUGAUUUAUUACUAAAAUCUAUAAAGAAAGAGUAGAUGUCUAUCGCUAAAUAAAGUGCCGACAUAUUAUUUAUAUAAUAUUGAAAUGUUAUAACAAAGCGUCGGGUACCUGUAAACUAAUGAAGGUGUAUUUAUAAAACCUUUCUUUUCAUAACUAUGUAAAAUAACAUUAAUCAAAAAUAUAUGAAAGAAGGCUUUUUUAUAAAUAAAUCUUUGAACAAAGUAUUUUAAUUAUACACAUUGAGAUAACAGUUAUUUUUAUGAACAUGCAAAAUAUGAAAUAUUUUGUAAGAAGUUUUAUAAUAAUCGCUGCGAAUGGGAAUCGAACCUGCUAUCUUCGACAAUUCGAAUUCGACAGCCAAUCAUGACAAUUAUAUGAAACUUUUUAUAAAACCUGGGGUAUCUACAGUUGUCAUCAAAUAAAUUUGCCACUAUGAAAUUAGCUACUAGUGAUUUCACGAUAGUCAAAAUGUCUGAACAAAACUACUGCGUAAGCACAAGGUGUCAAUGGCUAAGUUCAGAGCGGUAAGUUUAUUUGACGAAAUAAGUAUCCUUGCUUAAAUUACGAAUGUAGCUAAAAAUAUAGCAGAAUGCGUUAUCGGAAAAUAAAUGGGAGUAGGUAUUCCUAAAAUAUAGGUAUUUACGUUGGAUUUCUAUAACAUACAUAUCAUUUGUUUUGCGAUUGAAUUUUGAUUGAUAGAAAAACUUAUCCAUAAAUUAUCGACUUUCAAUCUGUAAUUGCAAUACAACGGAUAAGUUAUAGAAAUCCGUGGUAACAUGUGAUGUAACAAAAGGAUUUAUCAUUAUAAGUUUGUUUCGCUACCUUAUUGAUAAUUUCGUCUGAUACUUUUUGAAAGAUAUUAAAAUGAUGAUAUUAUAUGAAUGUCUCUGCUUAAUACGUUUUUAAAUACUUAUGUGGUAUCAACAGUGUUUAAAUUGUACUUCUUCCCUUUUAUAUGGUUUGGUAGCAAUGUAUUAUAUAUUUUAAAAUAAUUUUACAACAAUUAAAAUUACCAAAAACAAUGAAUUGUCGUCAUUUUGUGGCGUUUUUAAGUGUCAAACAAUUUUCAAAAACUUCAUUUAUGUGUAAAUUAUCUUACUAAAAGGAGUAUGUUCUGUUUUACAUACUGUCAGGCUUCUUAUACUUUUGUAUGAUUAAUUUAUCUUUUAUUUUUAUUUUUAAAGCGAAUGGAUUAAAAUGUGCUGAAGCUUUUUGAUAUACAUAAGUAACACGCUUUGGUAAAAUAUGUUUGGCUGUGAAAAGUUUCCAUUAAAAAAAAAAAAAAACGUUUAUCAUGUUACCACGAAAAGCAUAUUGUGUUAUUCAUUUUAUUAAAAUCAAAACGAUUUAAAAAUGAGUUGACGCCAAAAUCAGCCGAAGUUGACAUUUCUCAAAUGUCAAAUUGCAAAGUUGUUGUUUUUUUUUAUACAUAGUCUGGGCGUCUGUUUUAUAUUUUUGAACGAAUCAUGAAAUGAUUUUAGUUAUUAUCUUUUAUCAUGUCACAAAGUGGAACUGCUAACGUUGUUUUUAUUGUUUUUUUUAGUUUAAAUAAAACUUUGUUUUAUUAAAAA